AGUGCCUCCCGUGGCGUCUAGCUUUGCGACCGGGAGAGUUCCAACGCACGCAGCCUGUUUCCCGGGAACCCUCCCCGGUCGUGGGCCCCAAUUUCCCGCAGCCUUCCACGACUCCGAGAACGUUCUGACACCCUCGGGGAACGCUCUCUGCUGCACGACUCGGUACGGGGACCGCUUUUCGCACCCCUUGUUGCUGGGGCAGACAGACGGUGGGAAGCAUGCGGGACUACGACGAGGUGACCGCCUUUCUGGGCGAGUGGGGGCCCUUCCAGCGCCUCAUCUUCUUCCUGCUCAGCGCCAGCAUCAUCCCCAACGGCUUCAAUGGAAUGUCAGUCGUGUUCCUGGCCGCCACCCCGGAGCACCGCUGCCGGGUGCCCGACACCGCGAACCUGAGCAGCGCGUGGCGCAACCACAGUAUCCCGCUGCGGCUGCAGGACGGUCGCGAGGUGCCUCACAGCUGCCGGCGCUACCGGCUGGCGGCGAUCGCCAACUUCUCGGCCCUGGGGCUGGAGCCGGGGCGCGAUGUGGAUCUGGAGCAACUGGAGCAGGAGAGCUGCCUGGAUGGCUGGGAGUUCAGCCAGGACAUCUACCUGUCCACCAUCGUGACUGAGUGGAGUCUAGUGUGUGAAGAUGACUGGAAGACGCCCCUCACCUCCUCCCUGUUCUUCCUGGGUGUGCUCUUUGGCUCCUUCGUGUCCGGGCAGCUAUCAGACAGGUUUGGCAGGAAGAACAUCCUCUUUGCGACCAUGGCUGUGCAAACUGGCUUCAGCUUCCUACAGAUUUUCUCCAUCAACUGGGAGAUGUUUACUGUGUUAUUUGUCAUCGUGGGCAUGGGACAGAUCUCCAACUAUGUGGUGGCCUUCAUUCUAGGAACUGAAAUUCUUGGCAAGUCAGUUCGUAUUAUAUUCUCUACGUUAGGAGUGUGCACAUUUUUUGCAGUUGGCUACAUGCUGCUGCCACUGUUUGCUUACUUCAUCAGAGACUGGCGGAUGCUGCUGCUGGCGCUGACGGUGCCGGGGGUGCUGUGCAUCCCCCUGUGGUGGUUUAUUCCUGAAUCUCCCCGGUGGUUGAUAUCCCAGAGAAGAUUUAUAGAGGCUGAAAAUAUCAUCCAAAAAGCUGCAAAAAUGAACAACAAAGCGGCCCCUGUGGUGAUUUUUGAUCCUAUGGAGCUACAGGAACUAAAACUCCCAAGCCAGCAGAAAAUUCUCAUUCUCAGCCUGUUCAGGACUCGGAACAUUGCCACAAUUACCAUUAUGUCUUUGAUGUUGUGGAUGCUUACCUCAGUGGGUUACUUUGCUCUGUCUCUCAACGCUCCUAAUUUACAUGGAGAUGCCUAUUUGAACUGUUUCCUCUCUGCCUUGAUUGAAGUUCCAGCCUACAUUACAGCCUGGCUCCUGUUGCAAACCCUGCCUAGACGCUAUAUCAUAGCUGGAGUACUGUUCUUGGGAGGAGGUGUGCUUCUCUUAAUUCAACUGGUACCUGAAGAUUACAACUUCUUGUCCAUUGGUCUGGCGAUGUUAGGAAAGUUCGGAAUUACCUCUGCUUUCUCCAUGCUGUAUGUCUUCACUGCAGAGCUUUACCCCACCCUGGUCAGGAAUAUGGCUGUGGGGGUUACAUCCAUGGCCUCCAGAGUGGGCAGCAUCAUUGCCCCCUACUUUGUUUACCUCGGUGCGUACAACAGAGUUCUGCCCUACAUCCUCAUGGGCAGCCUGACUGUCCUGAUUGGAAUCAUCACCCUCUUUCUCCCUGAAAGUUUUGGAGUAACUCUACCAGAGACCUUAGAGCAGAUGCAGAAAGUGAAAGGGUUCAGACUUAGGAAAAACACAAGAGAUUCAACGGAGAAAGAAGAAAAUCCCAAAGUUCUCAUAACUUCAUUCUGAUAAAAUUUCCACCCCAUUUGGUGACCUGAAAAACAGAUGCAUAAGACUCUAUGAAGAAACCAAAGUCUUUCCUGAUGAAAUGGACCAACCCUAAGGAUUAACACUAAGAUGACUUUGCUGUUGAGAAAUGCUUGUCACAUAGCAAACUCCAAGCCACUCUUCCAGAUAAUCCCCUUAUUUUAAAAACAAACCAUUUCUAGAUAGUCCACCUUCCUAAUUAAUUCAAUGAAAUGGGUUCAUAAGAUUUUUUUGAAAAAUGCAUUGGUCAAGGACUGGUAAAUUCAUACAAAGAUGAACCUUCAUUUUCAAACAUACAAAUACUAUUCAAAUAAAAAGAAUGUUCUUGUAUUAACACAA